UGGCGAGAUUUUCAACCGUGAAAGUUUCUCUCGAUCGUUGAACUCUAUAUGAAUGUUAAAUAAUACAGUUUCGAAUAAGUGACAAUGUGUGAAGUGUGUCGAGGAAAACCGGUUGAGUAAACAUGCCGUACGAGAUUUUGCGUUGGACUCGAACGAAUGGAUAAAAUAGUUUAACGGGAAAAAGUGAGAUAGGUAUAAGAGGAAAAAAAAAGAAGGAAAGGAGAGAAAAAAGGAAAAAAGAAGCAGAGAGAGAGAGAGAGAGAGAGAGAGAGAGAGAGAGACGAACGAACGAACGAACGAACGAAUAAAUAUGGAUCGAAGUUUCAAGAACAACGUGGACUUUAAGAUGAAUCAGCAGAACUUUAAGUUGAGAGACUUUGGGAUCGACGGUAAAUUAUCAUCGUCCGUUCAUUCGAAAUUGAUUCGGAGUAGUUUGGUAAGGACCGGUUCGUGUUAUUCACAAAUUGGAUCUGUACAAAUACGAGGAACAUUUUUUAGCAACGGUAAUAGGGAUAGUAAUAAUCUUUCACAAAAUGGGACCAAUGAACUUAGCCACUCUCUACUCCCUUCGAACAUAAGAGGUAUCGAUACAUCGAUCGUUUGCAACGAUCAUCUUCGAACUUCCUCUUCUUCCUCAUCGUCGUCGUCCUCGCCGUCAUCUUCGUCUUCGUCUUUUUCGUCUUCGUCUUCUUCUACUUCUACUACUUCUUCUUCUUUUUGCUCAUCAUCCUCGACUCAAGCUCGAAAGAUUGGCCAAUCACCGAGUAACCUAUUCGCCGAUAACUUUCAAACUUCCACUUCAACCAAUAACAACAACAACAACAACAACAACAAUGGCGUCCCUUUGUCGGGAACGACUAGUUCGAUGCAUCAAGUAAACGUUUCUUCGAUACCAUCGCCGAAUUAUUGGAAGCAAUAUGGCGGUCAGGAGAGCGGGUAUGGCUCGGACGAAUUCGGACAAGACUCGCCGAGAUAUACAUCGCCUAAAGCUGCGGCCCUUUAUGCAGAUCCAUAUUAUAUCGAUGGGAAUGCAGCGGGUACGGGUCCAGGUGACCCAUGGACGGGAGGUGGCGGCGGAGUUCAGCCCCCCUACAGUGGAUACGCUCCCCCUCACCUAGCUCAACCGGCCUACCCCAUGCACCUACCCCAUGAUCCCAUGGCAUACUCGGCGAUGUCACCGAACGGUGAACCAGCGGCGCCAAUUCUUGGCUCAGCUGUAACCAGCGCGGCUUCGCUUCCGCCGAUGUCGACAUUCCGAGGUAGCGCCGCUGUUGCGGUAGCAGCGGCGAACAGUGGCACUGGAGCACCUUCUCCGGCCUCUUUGCAAUAUAGUCAUAGUCCUGGUGCACCUACCACUGCUCCAUCGGCGCCAAACGCCGCACCCGCAAACAAUCAACAACCACCAACGGGGGACACCCUCGGCAAGACCCUUGCAUCUGUAGUGAGCACACGAAUCUAUCCCACGGACCAAUCAGUAUCGAGUUAUAGCAGCAACCCAUCCACACCAGUCAGUUCGCCACCACCCUUAACGGGAUCGGCACCAGGUUGGGCACCUGGUGCUGCACCGGUGUCGCCACACUUCACAGCAGAUCCAAACCGUGGCACCAUUCACAUGCCGGCGCCUGAACAGCAGAGGCUAGACGAUGCCAUCGGCUUCCUUCGCGACCACGCCGAGUUGGUACAGGGAACGCGGAUGGAGGAACGACUGGACGAUGCCAUAAACGUUCUCAGGAACCACGCGGAAAGCCAAUUGGGCCUUCACUUAGGGCACGUUGGUCCACACGGUUCUAUUUAUUCUCACACAUCACCACCGCAGUUGGACCAUUUGACAAGUCCACAUCCUGCGGUAACGGUAGCGCAACCACCGGGUUCAUAUCCCGGUCUUACACCAACACCCGACACAGAUGGUUCUAUUAAAAUAGAAAGGUUACCUGUUACCAAUGCCAAAUACAUCUCUUUAGAAAAGAGAAAAGAUCCGCCGGACAGUAGCGGCGGUGAAACAAAACCUUCGAGUAGUGAAUUAGCAGCGGCCGGUGUAAUUGGUACGGCGACGGUUAAUUCGACGUCUCAAGGAAAAGGAACGAAGAGGUCGCGCAGGUAUUGUUCGAGUGCUGACGAAGAUUGUGAUGAUCCUGGCACCAAAGCGGUGCGUGAAAAAGAACGUCGACAAGCCAACAACGUUCGUGAAAGUUGUUCGAGCGCUGAGGAUGAGGAUGACGACCCUGAUGUGAAAGCGCAAAGGGAGAAAGAGAGGCGACAGGCAAAUAAUGCUAGGGAAAGGAUACGUAUUAGGGACAUCAAUGAAGCUUUAAAAGAACUUGGAAGAAUGUGUAUGACACAUUUGAAAACGGACAAACCACAAACAAAACUUGGUAUCCUUAAUAUGGCCGUAGAAGUUAUCAUGACGCUUGAACAGCAAGUUAGAGAACGAAACCUUAAUCCAAAAGCAGCAUGUCUAAAAAGAAGAGAGGAAGAAAAAGCAGAAGAUGGACCAAAGUUACCUGGUCAUCUAGCGGCACACAUAACACAUCCACAUCCUCACCCUCAUGCACAUUCUCAACCACCCUUUCCCGCGAUGCCUGGUCCACCACCUUCCCUUCAGCACAAUCCAACGCAGCCACAGUAGCAGCGGCUCUGCGGCGGUAUCAUCCUGUGUUAAGGGGUAGAUACACCUUAAAAUUGGCUAGUCUACAAAUAUGACUUGUAUCCACUUAUCAAAACUUUUUCCUAUCCUUAUGGGCUAUUAAAGUAUAAAAAUAUUCAAUGGUAUUAUGUCGAUUGAAUGAAAAACUUCUCUUCCAUGUCGUUCAGUAUUUUAACAAUGAUGAUCUAUGAUUUUACAUAAAGGCUCAUUUAGAUUUCUUUUUACCUUUUUCUUUUUUAUUAUUAUUAUUAUUAUUAUUUUUAUUAUUAUAAUUAUUAUAAUUACUAUCAUUCUUCUUCUUAUUAUUAUUAUUAGUUUUAAAAAUAUUUUUUAAAUGAUGCUGUAAAACGUAGUGCCUAUUAUGCAAAAAAUUGAAUCAUUAUUACGAGUGUAUGGAAUAUUCAAUGAGACAUAUGUGAUCUUUUGACAUUUUUUUUUUCCGUCGAAUAAGGAAAGGAAAAAGUAUCGAUUUGUAGAGAUCCAAGCAUAGAACAGGUAGUCUUAAGAAGCAUCUACCCUUUUAAGGCGGCUUGAAAUUAUUUUUAUAAAUAGCAAGAAGACAAAGGAAUAUGGUUCCUCUCUUUCGAGAUAUAAAAGUUUGUAGUUAACGAUCGAGAUCUCACUAGCUCGAUCUAAGCCCCGUUGUCGGUAUAUAUUGACUCGCUUUUAUGACCUAAUAUAAAUCGAACUUACAGAGAAUCGUGGAAUUGAUGGUGUUUAAAAUUUAUCGACUAUACGGUGAUCAUUACAAUUUUCAGUAAUGUCACUUCGAUAGAUGAUUUAAGACUUACGGAAUGCGCCAUUUUACAUAUUUUAAUUGUAAUGCUAAAAGUAUCAAUCGUUUUCUUUUAUCGCUGAACGUUUCUUCAAUCAAACUUUCAAAAGUAGAUUUGUACAGAGAUGAUAUUGAAAAAAUUCUAUGUAAAAAAUAAUUGAAACUUAACGAUUUUGUUUUUAUUGAUAAGAACAAAAGUGUUUUUUUUUCUUUUUUCUUUUUUAUUUUUCUUUUUUCUCUCCAAAGUAAAUAUAACGGCACAUACCGAAGUGAAUACGAUUAUUGAUAAUCAUAGUCAGUUAUUUCUUGUUUCUUUGUUUGAAAUUUUGCAUAAUAGAGAUAUUUUUAUUUCCAAAGAAACUUGGAAAGAAACUUAUCGGCAUAUCAAUUGGAACUGUGAUAAAAUAGCAACAAAUAUUUAAGGAAUGUGGACGUAUUAUGCAACAGGUAUGAUUAACUGAAACGUCAAAAAAGAUACUUUACAUUGCGUAUGAUUUUUUUUUUGUAUUUAGAAACACUGCCGGAAUUAAAGCCGAACGUAAUUAAAUGGAACGGUUUGACGUUUUGGUUUCAAUGCGUUCAUUAGAUGGCUCUAGUUCUGUUUAUGUUCAUGAAUGUCGAUAAAGUUGCGGACUGUGUCAUGGAAUCGUUUGAAGCCGAAUUUAAUUUUAUCAAUGAUAAAAUUGAAAACAUAAAAGUCGCAUGUUUUGUGAGAAGUACACUUAAGACAUACUAUAUAGAUCGAAACUUUUUACAUUAUCAGAAAUUUAAUUACUGAAAGAUGAUCAUGGUAAAUAUACAGUCUUUGUAAAUAUGCCAUAGUGUUUGACGAUUCGACGCUUUAAGAAACGAGUUAUGUUAAGAAGGUAAGAAUAAACCAACAGUACAUAUGUAUCCAACACUAAUUAAUUUUCAUAACUUAUUACUACAUGCAAUUACACAUCCAUGAAACUCUGUUAUCAGUGAUUAUGUAUGAUUUUCAUUUAAUAAUUCACUAUUACAUAGAUUUCAUUUUGAAAUCGAUCAAAAAAUUUUUUUUUUUUUUUUUAAUUCCUUUUUUAUUUUUUUUUUUUAAAUUUUUUUGAAACUAAAUAAUAUGUGGAUUAUAAGUAAUGAUAUUUUAACAAAAAAUUUUUUGUCUUUGACAUUAAGAUUUUUUAUACAUUGAUUAUUACAGAAAUUAUUGAGAACAGAAUUUAUACAGAAAGGUAUUUCUGUAAAAAAAAAAAAAAAAAAAAAAAAAAUAAAUAAAUAAAAAAAAAAUAAAAACAAGUAGUUAAGAAAUGAAGACAAGUUGAGAUCAAUUUUAAUAUGGUUAUAAUCAGUGUUGGAGCAUGUCAAUUGGUAUUAAAUUGGCGUCUUCCGUUUAUUCCACUGUUAUUAUGACUAAUAUAAAUGUAUGUGAGCAAAUUUGCUAAUACAUUAUAAAAUUAAAAAGUUUACAAAAUUUUCGAUACAAUACUGACAUUAUCUUUGUUAAUAGGAAACCAUAAUCAAUUAGUUAAAUACAACGCAGGUUUUCCUAUCUCGUAUUUAAUGAAAGAAUGUAUGCAGUUUGUAUUAUAAAUUAUUUUAUUAGAUAAAUUCUUUAUUUCAAAUCAUUACACGAAUCUGAGUGGAUCGUAAAUGAAUCGAACCGAACCGAACCGAAUCGAGUCGAAUGAAUGGCGUUAAAUUUUUCAAAUGAAAUGGAUAUGCACAAAUAAUAAUUCCAGGUUUAUAAA